AGGAGUGGACGAGGCGUAUAAAAGUGGGCAACUUUCAUUUUAGUGUAAUCCUAUAGUUUGUGUAAAACUCUUUAAACGCAAACCCGGAGCUAGGGGUUUAUUAAAGACAUACAGAACAAUUAAUUUUAAUAAUCCACCCAAGUUUGAGAAUGACGGCCUCCAGUAUCAGUAAUGUUUCCGAAAGAAAUUUCAACGCGAAAGAAGAGCGGAAGCUACGGAAACCGUUAAUCGAAAAGAGGAGACGGGAGCGCAUCAACUGCAGCUUGGAGCAACUGAAGGGCAUCAUGGUCGAUGCUUAUAACCUCGAUCAAUCCAAGCUGGAGAAGGCAGAUGUUUUGGAGAUCACCGUGCAGCACAUGGAAGCCCUACAGAGAACUCAUGGCACUGGUGGAUCGAUGAGCAGUCUGGGGUUCGAGUCCCGCCAGCGAUACAGCAGUGGCUAUAUCCAGUGCAUGCAUGAGGUGCAUAACCUGCUUCUGAGCUGCCCGGGCAUGGACCAAACGCUGGGCGCUCGCCUGCUUAAUCAUCUGCUCCAGUCCCUCCCCCAGAUCAGCACUGAGGGCGCGGGCGGCUCCACCCCCCUCCCUGCCUCCCCCAGUCAGCCCGCUCACUCUCUGACAGCGGCCCCCCUACGCACCUCUCCCUCCUCCCCAGUCUCUCCAGUCAGCAGCCCUCAGCUCUCCCAGUACCAGGAAGUGUCCGAAUCUGCUUCUGCCGCCGAUGGGCAGCCCUCCCCGCCCGACUCCCCGUCCUCUGCUGUCCACCCCGCCCUGCUGCGUGCCGGCCUUCCUGCUUUCUUCCCAGGCACCGACCCCUCCAUGUGGAGACCGUGGUGAUCACCCACUGUGAUCCCGAUCCGUGUGUUCCUCCUUUUCCAGUACAAAUAUUGGAUUUAGUAACUUGCUGGGCAAGAGAUGGGAGCAGAUUUAUGCUGUCGGGCUUCUCAGUUCCUUAUUUUAGAAGUUUAAGUGUAUUGUGAGCCAAAAAAUCAGCCAUAUAUAGAAGAUUUAUUGUUCCAGCCCAGAUUGUUGUAGGUGCUGUGCUCCUGGUGCCUUGUGGCCCUAGUCUACUGCCUCACAAACAAAGCAACAUUAAGAGAUGAGAAAUCUGAGGCGAUUUCUUUAGGCAGGAUUGUUUUUUAAAGCCACAAUAUGCAUUUAAAUAAGGUUUUCAAAAAAUGUCAAAUACGUCGCUGACCGGCCUUUACUGUGCUGUUUGACUUUGCUUCUAAUGAAGUAUAUUUUCUUUGGAUUCUUCAAAUAUAUAUGUAUUUUUGAGAGUGAUUAAAUAGAGAUGAGUUUGGGGAAUCUCCUGGGUUAGAGUAACAAUAAUGAAUUCAGGUUUAUGCAGAAUAAAUCAUGUUACAAUAAUUAGUUGACUUUUCCCCCAAAAUACAUGGAAACUCUUGACUUGGCUUUACCAUAUUUUCGAAUGAUUCUAGUCUAUUGUGAGAAACAGUAAAAUCUAUCUUGUUGAAGACAUAAACUUUAACAAACAUUAGUAAAGAAUAAAAUCUUUUUAAUCACAUUGACGCUGGGAAAGGAAGCUUUUCUGCACCAAUUAGUGCCCCAUCUUUCCUACAAAAAAAGUCAGUUGGAUUCUUCUUACUUAACUGAACAAAUAACAGUGGAAUGUUAUGAUAUUUUUUUUCUGUUAGAAAAUUGUGGCUUGUGCUCUCUCAACUGCCAUAUGCAAACAUACCUAUGACUGUAAGGGAAAACCACCAUUAAUACUGGCAGCCAGUCAUUGUUGCCUUGCAUGUGUGAUGACUUUGCAGACUGCUGUGUGUUCCCUCCUAUGUGGAUCAUGUGACAUGCUAUCCUUGAAAGAAAAUUCAUCCAGAAAUUGAUUUUGCAUACGUUUGUUUCCUGUGUUAUGCAGGGAUCGCACCUGGGGGGUGGGUUAUGUCCUGGGAUAUACUGCAGUGUCACUAUGACCCUGCUUUGAUUACAGAAGUGGCUAUGUGAGCAAAAGACGGGGAUGAGCUUGCUGAUAUGUAAUUCAUUCACUUUGGCCUGAAGCCCUAUGUAAGGUUGACCUACCCAGAAACCUGAGAUAUGGGCAUAUGGAUGGUUAUAAAAAGACAUGCAUUCAUGCUUAUUUAGCAGAUGGUUUGGUGUAAGGCAACAUACAGGUGAGGAAAGCCUGAUGUCAGAGUCAAGGGCCUUGCUAGUGUUAAGGGCCUUGCUAGUGUUAAGGGCCUUGCUAGUGUUAAGGGCCUUGCUAGUGUUAAGGGCCUUGCUCGAGGGUGCAGUGGUGAUACGAUUACUCUGUUGCACAUGGGAUUUGAACCCAUGGACAUCCAGACACAAGCACAGAGCCCUAACCCUACUGACUGUCAUGCCACCCACAUGAUUUCACAUGGAUUAUGAAUUAAAAUCAAGUCUUGAAUUAAUGUAUAUUGUAGUGCAGGGGUGUCAAACUCCAGUUCCGGGGGGGGGGGAGCCCUGUGUAACUUGGGUUUUUCCUCUGUUCCACCACAAAUGAUUUAGCUCAAGAGCUGUGUGGUGCAGGGCUCUGGCCCCCCAGGACUGACACACCCCUGUUGUAGUGGCUCGCUGGACAGUAAAAACCGCUAUCUGGGGUGUUGAAAUGUCAAGAUCUUUUUUGGUGUAUCAUCGAUAAACAUGGAUUUUUGUCAUUCA